CUUUAAAUAGGUAGUGCUGAGAUUUAAAGUUGAUUAGAUUUCAAAGAGAUAUUUUCUUUGUUUCUUAUACAUUUUUUGUGAAAAUGAAGCGACCGAGGAGGAAAAGAACUCGGCGUAUUCGGAUAAGGUUUAAUAUGAAUGAUGCGAACAUCAUGAACCGAGGCUCGAGGGAGGAGCUCCUCGGGAGUUCCCAGGAGGCGAUGCGGAACAGCCAGCCUGACCUCUUGAGUGCCUUCGAGCGUCCACUCACUAGAGAAGAAAAGAAUUUUCUUCUCAACGCUGACAGGGGAGAUUACAAUACUGUUAAGAGAUUAAUAGAGCAAUAUUCAUCGAAGCCCGAAGUACUUGACAUCAACUGCGUGGAUCCCCUGAACCGGUCAGCACUCAUCGCAGCGAUUGAGAACGAAAACAUCGAACUGAUAAAACUUCUGCUAGAUGCUGGCAUCAAAGUUAAGGAUGCGUUACUUCAUGCCAUCAAAGAGGAAUAUGUGGAAGCAGUUGAGAUGCUGCUGCAGUGGGAGGAGGAACACCAUGUUUCUGGGGAACCUUAUAGCUGGGAGUCAGUGGAGCCAUCUUCAGCCACGUUCACGACAGACAUCACCCCGCUGAUCCUGGCUGCUCAUCGGAACCACUACGAGAUACUCAAGCUGUUGCUGGACAGAGGUGCGACCCUGCCGGUGCCUCACGACGUCAAAUGCGGUUGUGAUGAGUGUGUGAAAUCGUCAAGCGAGGACUCUCUUCGACACUCCCAGGCUCGGAUCAACUCUUACAGAGCCUUGAGCUCUCCAUCGCUCAUCGCCCUGUCUUCCGCCGAUCCAGUACUUACCGCAUUUGAACUGUCUUGGGAACUCAACAAACUAAGCCGACUUGAAACUGAAUUUCGUGUAGAAUAUAAGGCCCUUAGACAGCAAGUUCAAGAAUUCGCCACAUCCCUCCUGGACCACACGCGCACAUCCCAAGAGUUGGAGAUCAUGCUGAACUAUAACCCACUCGACCUGAACUGCUGGGAACCUGGAGAGAGACAAACACUAGGAAGAUUGAAACUGGCAAUUAGAUAUAAGCAGAAAAUGUUUGUGGCACAUCCGAAUGUUCAACAGCUUCUUGGUGCUAUCUGGUACGAUGGACUUCCAGGCUUUAAAAGAAAAACAUUCGUGGGACAAUGUAUUCAGGUCGCGAAACUUGGCGCUAUGUUCCCGAUAUACUGUUCAAUAUACAUGAUGGCACCUGAUUCAGAAUACGGACAAUUCAUGAGGAAACCUUUCGUCAAAUUCAUCUGUCACAGUUCCUCGUAUAUGUUGUUUCUGUCACUACUAUCACUGGCGUCGCAGAGAGCGGAAUUCCUCGUUUUAGAAUAUUCUGGCAUAUCAUGGCUUCAGGAAUUGGUGGAGUAUUGGAAGGCACACGAGAGAGGAUCACUGCCUGGACUCAUAGAAUUUUGCGUCAUCGUCUACAUAGCAAGUUUAAUAUGGGGUGAGAUACGAUCGUUAUGGUCUGGCGGACUAGUGGAGUACAUCAGUGAUCUUUGGAACAUUGUAGACUUCAUCACAAAUAUGUUCUAUAUCAGCUGGAUUAUCUUGCGGUUUACUUCGUGGUACAUUGUACAGCGUGAUUAUCACAGCGGAAAAGAUCCCUGGUACCCUCGAGAGCGUUGGGACUCCUUCGAUCCGAUGCUGCUCUCUGAAGGUGCUUUCGCAGCCGGCAUGAUCUUCUCCUUCCUCAAGCUGGUUCACAUCUUCUCCAUUAACCCUCACCUUGGACCCUUGCAAGUCUCUCUCGGCAGAAUGAUUUUGGAUAUCUUGAAGUUCUUCUUUGUGUAUAUGCUGGUGCUGUUUGCUUUUGGUUGUGGUUUGAACCAACUGAUGUGGUAUUAUUCCGAGUUGGAGAAACGUAAGUGCUACCAUUUCGCGAACAGCGACAUAGCAGACUUCGACAACCAAGAAAGAGCUUGCAGCAUUUGGAGACGUUUUGCCAACUUAUUCGAGACAUCCCAAUCCCUGUUCUGGGCGUCAUUUGGCCUUGUGGACUUGACGACGUUCGAGCUGACUGGCAUCAAGAGCUUUACUAGAUUCUGGGCUCUCCUGACCUUCGGAUCUUACUCCGUUAUCAAUAUCAUCGUGCUGCUCAAUAUGCUAAUCGCCAUGAUGUCUAACUCCUACCAAAUCAUUUCAGAAAGAUCAGACACAGAAUGGAAGUUCGCUCGCAGCAACCUCUGGAUGUCUUACUUCGAAGACGGUGACACAGUGCCUCCACCAUUUAAUAUCAUACCAACCCCAAAACACAUGAAGGGCUGGGUUAACCGUAUUUGCAACGACCGUGACAGAGGCUCUAUCAUUAACAAAAACAGAGAGAAAGCACGUCAGCAACACGACGCCGUGAUGCGUGUCCUGGUUCGUCGAUACGUGACAGCAGAACAGCGUGCUAGAGACGACAUCGGAGUGACAGAGGAUGAUGUGAUGGAGAUAAGACAGGACAUAUCCACGUUACGAUUUGAGCUGAUCGAUAUCCUGGCGAGCAAUGGGAUGAAGACGCCCAGAGUCAAUAUGAAUGAUACGACAAUAUCUGGCAAGAAAGGCAAAGUGAUGGAGAGGAGGAUCCUGAAGGACUUCCAGAUCGGAAUAGUGGAGGGAAUAAUUAAGGAUGUGAUUUCGAAGGAGAGCAAACCAAAGGAUGUAUUCAGUCAGAUCGCUAAGGCUAUGACGAGAAGAGGCAGCGCGGCGGAUGGCAGCAAGAAACGCGACUGGAAUGCAGUUGUUCGUACCAACACCCUGCGUAGGGACCCUAUAGGAACUACCACCAGACAAUCACUGCGUGCUCAUAUCUUGGACAACGUGCAGGCAAGGACUAUUGAUCCUCAGAAACUAUUAGAAUACAAUCCUAAACUUUCUGAUGUAACACCAACAACAAGAGUAGCAUACGCCAAGUUUAUGAGAAGCAAGAUUAAGUCAGAUUUCAGUGAGGGAGAAAAACAAGGAACGUCCGAAGUUACCAUUGAAAAUGAAGCUUCCGAAGCUAAAAAGAAGUUUGCUGCAGCCUUGAAGCCUAAAUCUCCGAUUCCAGAAGGAGCAGAGAGUGAACAUUUGAAAAAAAAUGAAAUUCAAGUUCAAGCGCACAUCGAAAGUAAAGGAGGAGGCUCGCAAGCCAAGCCUGAAGGACCGAAAACAGCAAAACCACCUGAAGACACCUCAAAACCAAAAGACGUCCCGAAACCCGCAGUAUCACCAAAACCAUCAGAACCGCCAAAACAAACAGAUCCACCCAAGCCAACAGAUCCCAAACCAACGAAAGAAAUACCAAAAACAAGCACAACUGCACCACCAGCAGAAGCUGCAAAAGCCGAACAGAAGGAUCAUGUCAUACAAAUAGAUGAACCUGAAUCCCCAACUAAAAAUUUAUAUAUUACCAAAGAAGAAGAUUCUGCGUUACAGAAACCCUUAACACCAACACCAAGCGUCCAUUCUAAAUCUGAAAAAUCUGAACAAAUACUUUCCGCUUCAAAAUUAGAAGCUGAUCAUGGUGCAUCAACAUCUGACAAAAAACAUGAGUCAGAACCAAAAGAAGAAAAGAAGCCAAAAGACCCCAAACCUCCAAAACCUAAGCCUGGUCCAAGUCCUGCACCAGCACCAGCUGCCCCACAAAUGGUUACUGAUAAAGGAAAAUCAAAAGUUACUGGUAAAAUGGUAUCUGGAUGGCUUUAGACUACCGAUUGUCGUGAUAUUUUGAAUAUAUUUAGCGACAUAUUAGUGAGAUUAUAGGUACGUGUCAUAGCAAUAACUAGAAUAAGAUAAAUUAAGUACAAUUUUAUAGACCAAUUUUAGAUGGUUGCUUUAUGAAUAUUGAUAGAUUACUUUGGCGUACACGUUUAAAAUUUUAGUUCUUUACCUUUUUACAGAUAAUCUUUAUUUUUAUGGUUUAUUUAAACAAAACCUUUAAGUAAAAGUAAUAUAUAUAUAUAUAUAUAUAUAUAUAUAUAUAUCAAUAAAUGUAGAAAUAGCUAGAAUUACAUAUGAUCUCUUACUAUAUUUGAAUCCAUGUGCUUUUCCCUUUAUUCAACAGCUUUGAUUUAAUUGGUUGAACGCCUUUAAAGAAAAACAUAUCAAAAUUGUUUUGUUUUGUUAAGUGUGUCAGUCAGCAUAAUCAGUAUUGAUUUGUGUGCAAAUACUAAUUUACUUGACCAAGUCAUUAAAAAUUUAGUGAACCAAUUUAGUUUGAUAGUCAUGCCACAUAGUGACUGGGGUGUAG